CAUCAUCCACUCAGCACUGAACCACUCAGUAUUUGAAAGGGGCGCCUGCGCUGAUAUGGGACCUUGAUAGCUGCGAGUGCAUUGUGCUGCAUUGUGCUCCAAAAGCCCUCUUCUGAUCAGAUCGUGUGCCUUUAUUCAGGGGAGGCUCAGGUCUACAGUAAUCUUGCAAGGGUAAUUCUGCAAUGCAUGCAGGCUGUAGCAAUGUAGGUAGCCCGCUUUCAAGCAAGUGCUCAAUGCCUGCAAACGCCUCUGCAAUCAUGCGUUUGCCUGGAGCAAGGGAAGCACUGUUUUUCUGAAGCUACGAAAGCCAGGUCUAGACAGGGAUUUUGUUUCUGAAGAUACAAAUACCGGGUCUAUGUCUUGCUAGGCAGAAAUGCUGCGUAUCCUGAGCAAGAUCGCCACAAAGAAGCAUUGCACAGGCUGUCCUAAAUGGGCUGGCCAGGUUUUGCUUUUGAGCAAGGUCCAAGACUCUUCUCAAUCAACAAGACAAGGGCAAUCAGAGCAAGAUAAUCAUGUUGGGAGAUUGGGCCCUGACUCAACAUAUCCUCCGCAACAAGUCAAUCCAACAGCAUAUCAGGGCUGAAUUAUCCACGACAUAUCUCCUGCUAAGCACUUCUCAGUAACAUCUCUUGCUCGUGUGUGACCACCUUUACUGCCUAGCUUUCCUGGUGCCUGUCGUGGGAGGCUCUGGUGCCCGUCCAAUUGCUGCCUCCCCCUUGCCGCUGGCAGUAUGAACAGCUCCGGCAACGCUCACAAGUCCUCGGGCAGCCUGGAGCGGCACGACUCGGACAAGCGGCCGCGGCCCAGCUUCGCUGGCGCGUCCAUUGUGUGCCUCAUUGAGGGGUGCGGGGCGGACCUGAGCGGCAGCAAGGACUACCACCAGCGACACAAGGUGUGCGAGGUGCACGCGCGGGCCGCCUCCGCACUACAUAAGGGCCAGCUCAUGCGCUUCUGCCAGCAGUGCUCCAGGUUCCAUCCGGUGGCUGAGUUUGACGAGGGCAAGCGCAGCUGCCGGCGGCGCCUGCUGGGCCACAACAAGCGGCGCCGCAAGAAGGAGGACCCCGCCAGCGAGCCCGACGACCACCCCGCGCCGCACCGGCCCCACUUCAACAUGGCCACUUCCGCUCUGCCGUACGAUGCACACGAGGAGGUGCGCAGGCGGAAGGGCGCUGCGGCACCGGAGCACACCCCGCCGCGCCGCCUGGGGCAGGGCCUCUCCCUCUCGCCCUUCUCCCCACACGAGGCCGCGCCCGCCAGCGAUGGCCCCUCGCUGUCCCAGUUCUUGCGCGACAGCGGCGUGGCGCCCCGCGCGCCUGACGGCAGCCUGAGCAGCCUUCUGAUGGGGGCUCCCCCGCAGCAGACGGCCGACUUUCUGGGGCGCACCCUGGGCCUGAGCGCCAGCCAGCAGCUGCUGCUUGGCUUCCAGCCGCAGCGCAGCGCCAACCAGGAGCUCAAGCCCGAGGCGAGGAACACCCUGCAGCUGCACUUCCCACCCAGCAGCGCCACCAGCCUUCUGCCGGCCGCGGGCGCCCGCCAGUCGCCGUCCCUCCAGCAGCUGCUGGACAAGAGUGCGGGGGGCCACAGCUUGAGCAGCCCUGGCCGCCACGCAACAGCAGGCGGUGAGGCAAGCAGCCUGUUCCCUUUGCCCAACAGCCUGGAGGCGGGCGGCUCCCCCUGGGCGGGCCAGCUGGAGGGCCUGGUGGGCGGGCAGCGCGGGGGCGGCCUCAACCACAACAGUGCGCCGUACCUUCCGCAGGACCGCACGGGGCGCAUCUCGUUCAAACUGUUUGACAAGAACCCCAAUGAUUUGCCCGACGACCUGCGCGACCAGAUCCUGGACUGGCUGCAGCGCCGCCCGUCCGCCAUGGAGACGUACCUGCGCCCCGGCUGCGUCCACGUCUCCGCCUACCUCGCCAUGCCGCACCCCGACUGGGACGCGCUGGAGCGCGACCUGCUGCCGCUGCUGGCGGGCCUCGUGCGCAGCCAGGCCUGGGCCGGCGGCACCUUCACGGCCUUCACCACCAGCAUGGAGGCGCACGUGGAGCAAGGCGUGGUGCAGCGGGUGUGCCCUCUGACCCCAGCGCAGGGCCCCGUCCUCCUCAGCGUGCACCCCCGGUGCCUGGUCGCAGGCCAGCCGGUCGAGAUGACCGUCACGGGACGGGGCCUCCUGCAUGCCAACAACCGCCUGGUGUGCCUCCACAACGGGCAGCGCUUCCUGGACAGCCGCCCCAGCGCCGCUCCCGCCCGCCCUGGCACGUCUUCUGGGCGGGGCCUCCCCGUGAGCUGGAGCCACGACGACGACGCCCCCCUCGCUCCGUCCCCUCCCCGGUGCGGGGGGCAGGAGUGGAGCCCGCGCGUGGGGGCGGGCCCAGUGGGGCCGAGCUCCUGGAGCGCGGACCCCGUGACGGGAGUGGAGACAUUGGUGUGGACCAUGGCCGGGCCGCCGCCGGAGGCCCGCGGGAGCAUGUUUCUCGAGGUGGACCGCGGCGGCUGCCCGAGCAACAUGAAGCCGCUGCUCGUGGCCGACGCCGCCUUGGCUGCGGAGCUGGCCCAGCUUGACGCGCAGCUCCAUAGCAGCGGCCCGCCGGACAGUGCCGCGCGGCGCGCUGCAGAGAGCAGCGCCGACGCACUGGUGGCCGAUUUGGGGUGGGCGUUGGGGGGGCAAAGAAAGGAAGGCAAGAGCGCGCGCCUCGCAGCGUGGGCAAGGGAGCGUGGAUGGCGCCACACAGCGGAAAGGAUCCGCGGGUCAGGGGGGCCCGCUGAGGUGCCGAGUGGUGAGAGGGCGGCCUUCUCUGGCAAGGCAGCCAGAAGGGCCGCCAGCGCAGCAAUGGGAGUCCCAGGUGUGCCGGGGCAAGCGGCCCCAGACAACAUGACGCUCAACGGGACACGCAAAGAGAACCUCGGUGCCCUCCAUUCUUCAGUCAAGCAAGGCACGCGGGAGCAGGGUGCGGCAGGCAAGCCGUCCCCGGUCUGGCAGCAGGUCGUGAGGCAGGCCCCGGGGGGGGGGGGUCAGCUUGGCAGCAAAGGCGGCCAGCAGGUGCCCGUUGGCUUCGGGUGCACAAUUGGCACGGGGCCCUGGCAAGGGGAAGCGGGAGCGGCCCGCAGACUUGUCACGGCCGUCUACUCGGCGGCUAUAUCGCGCACUCGUGUGUGCCUCUCGGAGAGAGAACCAGCACAGACGGUGUGCAGCUUGGUGUGGGGGCCGGUGUGCGUGUGAACAGCCUCGUCAACUCUGCCAAUCCCAUCGUGUCAUGGGCGAAGGUCUCAGCGAGGAGAACCGGGCGUCAACCGGCAACUCCACUUCGGCUUUCCGCCCCAUGAGUAAGUCAGGACAGUCAUGUACGACUACGUGUGAGAGAUAUGAUUGGUUGUGCGCAAGUUAAUACUCCGAGAGAUCCUAGGACUGUCGGAAAAUAAUCUGCGAGGUUCGUCAAACGACCGCAAAUCCAUGGAAAGAUUUCGAGGUCCAGGUGCUAGUAAGUUCGUGACGGUACGAGGUGCUGUGCAACGGGGUGCUUUAGUACUGACUUCCAAGUAGCGAUUGACUGUGUUGACUCGUUAUAAGCUCUACGUACUCAAGUGCAUCGUAAUCGAUGGUGCAUUCUAAACGUCUAGCUGCUCUUGUGGCAACAGUUUGAUAGUUCUUAGUCGUGGGCCGGAUAUACAUUGAUCGGAUAGUUAUUGUCUUCAAUUCUUUAUUGACUUGUUAACAUAACGCGGAUAGUCGAGAUACUUCUUGCUGAAACUCUAAGACCAGCCUUACUCGUGACUCAGGCUUUUCAAGAAUAUAUUAAAUCAACAAGUAUGGUACGUUGCGUUGUCGAGAUUUUGUAGAGUUUUUGUGACUUAGAAAGUAUCCCUAGUUUGAG